CAAAAUGAAGGGCUCCACUUUCGCUCUGUUUCUAUUUGCUGUCCUACUUGCCAUCUCCAAGGUGAGGAGCAAGGAGAUUGUGAAGCUCUGCGGCCUGGAGUACAGAAGAACAGUCAUCUACAUCUGCGCUAGCUCCAGGUGGAGAAGACACCUGGAGGGGAUCUCUCGAGUUCAGCAAGGUGAGAGCAGAAACUACUUCCAGCUUCCAAAUAGACAUGAGGUUUCAGAGGAAAACAUAGCCCAGGACCUUCCCAAGGUGGAUUCCUCAGGCGAGAAACAUUUUGGGGAGGGACAGAUCCCCAUGGAAGGACUUUGGGAGUCAAAGAAGCAUUCAGUGAUGUCAAGGCAAGACUUAGAAACUCUGUGCUGCACUGAAGGCUGUUCCAUGACUGAUCUGAGCACUCUUUGUUAGGACAAAAGCAAAUUCCUGAUGGGUGGCAGAGCUUCGGCACACAUUUAAUCACCUUGUUCUACUGCCUGGUGUGAUGCUUGUAUUCCCUCAUAAAACAUGGCUUUCCA